AAUAAAGCAAUUAAUAUUACAGUAUUCGAAUGGUAACCUUAUGCUAACCUCAAAAGUGAAUACGACUUGCUAUCAAUUACAUGGGAUGAUAAGGCUGGGUUACUGAAUUACUCAGCAGAUAUCUAAAGACAAGUAACUGAUUCGCUAAUAAUCUGUGAUUAUUUCUUAAACGGACCACAGAAAUUUUACCAAACACACUAUUCUCUCUUAUUUAUUUCAACUGUACUUAUUUAUUUUAAUAACGAUCCUCCCGUAAUGCUGCAACGGUAGCUCGUCGACUUCGGUUCUGAAACAUACGAUAGUGAAAUACAUAAAGGCGAACUCUUCUCACGACAGAAGGAUCUACGCAAUCGAAAAAGACCCGGAUUUUUAUCGGACCAUGGAAAAUUUUAAUAAGUAAGAGGUGAAUUUCGUUAAUACAUUUAGACCAUACGCUUCCAGUUACUAUCAAAAAAGUAUUUUUUCAAAUCACUGCACAAACCUUAAAUAGGAGUUACAAAAGAAGAGGGAGGUCAUCAUUGGUAUAAAAAUGCCGAGAAAUUUGUUUCUGUGGAAAGUGCGGCCCCACGAGCUGGCGACCAAGACACUAUAUUUCUAGCCAUUCUAACUGUACAUAGUGGACUAUUGACACUCACGCGGUGAACCUUAAGAUUUUGGUGGGUGCAACUUGUCAAAAUUCCUUGGAUGAAGAUGCGGCGGAAACAGCUUGACACUGGUCCCAGGAAUAUCAGUCUGUUUAUCUAGCCCUAACCUAUGUCUCAAACCACUGAAAACAAUAGCAAAUUGAUUCGAAUUUCCUUUAUGUUCACCGUAUCCUCCAGAACUGGCCCCCGCGACUUUUUCAGUUCUCAGACCUCAAGAGUAUAGUGAAGUAUAUUCCAGCUGAGGUUUAUUUUGUAACAAAUUUUUCUUUUACUUCCAAAAUUAUAUCGAAAAGUUGGAAUAUCUUUUAUAAUGCUGUAUCGCUCUUGACGACAACUUCAAUAUAAUGAAAUAAAAUCAAAUUUGGAUUAAAAAAAUGUGAUUUUGUUUUAGGAGAUACGAACUUUUCAGCAUCCUAAACUUUAAGCAACAAAAUGCCAGAUUGUAAAAAUGUUAUUAACUUACGGGUUUUGGGUAUUGCAUUUCUACCAACAACAUUGCUUCAAUGUUGUGCCAAAAAAUCAGUUUAAGGAACGAUUAAACUACUUGUAAGAGGCAAAUAACAACAAUUGAACGCACUCAAGUGAUAAGUCAGUGGCAACAACAACAACACGCUUAAGUCAUAAUAGCACGCGUUUGAAGAAAACACAUUAGUGACGAAACAACAACCGAAUUGCAACAGUGACAACAAUUAUUUAGUACAUUACUGGGUGCAACAUUCCGUGGCAAAAGCAAUUUUCUGGCAUAAUUUGAAACCACACAAGCAAUUGCAAGAGGAAAUUCAGUAUUGCAUAGGGCAUGACUGAAGUUAGUUGGUGAAAUUUCGGCCGGAGAGUAAUAAAAUAAUGCGUUAUAAAAAAAUCGGCUGCUUGCAGAUCCUUUGCCUUGUGCUGCUUGUCGGUGCCAAGGGGGCGGACCUGGAGAAGCAUAAGCAAAAGCGCGGCGUGGUGGAAAAUUUCGGCGAAGGUUUGAAGUUUGCCGGGCAAAUGUUUGGCAUCAACACUGCUGCCGACGUGGCGAAUCUAGUAGCGAUGGCUUUCGCCAAAAAGAAGCCGAAUUUUAUGUCAAUAUUCCAAAAGAAACAAUCAACCGGAGAGAGCAGCGAGACGGAAGCAACGCAGCAGGAAGAGAAGGAUACAAGUUACGAACAGUCGGUACAGGCGGAGAAAAGCACGGUGUUCAGCACGAGUCGGUUCGUUACAGGUGUGUUGCGCAUGAUUGGCUUCGAUGCAACCAAAUUGGGCGCACUGGCGAUAAACGCGUUAAUGUUGUUUGCACAGACGAUAGGCAGUGCAUUUACGUCACCACCACGCAGCAUUAAUCCAUACGCGUCACAAUCACCACCACCACACACCCCAUACGACAAUGAGGAGGAUGAUGACGUGCCCGAUGCAUUGCGUGACGGCGAACAGGAAGCACAUCAACCGCGUGCUUUACGCGGCGGUACACCAAUCGACUGGUAUCUGGAGAAUCCGGACGAGGGAAUGCGCCGCACGCUGGACGAUGCCUUGGAUACGCGGCUUACAGAUCGCAUUACGGAGAUGAUUGAGUAUGUGGAGAAGCGUGACGGCGGUCAGGGUGGUUGCCUGAAGCUGCUGAUGUGCAAGAGUUCGCCAAUUAUUUGGGGCAUGCAAAGGUCGGUGAGUGAACGUGUCACGGGCAAGGUGGCGAACACCACCGAAGAGGCUGCAUCAGGAAAAGAGAAGGCUAAGCCGAAGAAAUUAUUUUCAACAGAUGUGUUUUUUGCACAUUUUCCCACAAUGGAGGAAUUUCGCAAGCACGGCGCAGUGUGUGAAGAACGUUUUCGCAAUGAGUGUAAUCUAGGAGAUGAUGUAACAAGUGGCACCCCAAAAGCAAGCAACAAAAAAGGAGAAUAGUAACAAGUAAAAUGUAGAGUAAUUUUGUUAAUGUUAAUAAUACAAAUUAUAGCAACGGAGAAAGAUUUUUUCUUUCAUUAUUAAAAUUGAAAAAGUAGCAUUUGGUGAAAAGAAAGAAGCAUAUUAAAGAAAAUGUUUGGUAAAAAUUGAACACUGGCAACAACAUCCUUUAAUAUACAUUGUCGAUAAUUUCACUAUGAAACAUAUCUUCCUGCGCCUAAUUGUAGGCAAACGUUUGGUUUAUUGCGAAAUGUCAUAACUGCACGGAAUUUUUCUGGAAUGUGUG